AGUGGCUUGGGCGGGAGCUAGGCCGCGGUUGCUAGGGACAGGGGUCAGAGGUGACGGGGAGAUGGCGGCUCCCAGCGCGCUCGUCGUCAGUUGCUGCCCGGACUUCGAGGAGCGCCGGCUGGUGGCAGAAAUUAUUGGAGCAGGUGACCUUCCUGAACACACAGGUCCAAGGAACGCUGUGCAAACCUAUCCAUGGACUAUCGAUAACAAAUACUACACAGCUACUGUUCAGCUGUGUGUGGUGCCCAACAAAUCGCUGCUCACAAAGGAGAUUGCAGAGUCAGUUGAAGCCUUCCUGGUUUACUUUGACAGCAGCACAAAAUCUGGUCUGGUUGAGGUGUCCACAUGGCUUCCUCUCACACAAGAAUGGUCCCCAGAAGUUCUGAUCUUGGUGUGUGACCGGAUCUCCGAUGAUGGGGUGAGCAGAUUAGCUGCCCAGGAAUGGUGUAUUAAACACGGGUUUGAGUUGGUGGAGCUCAACCCAGAGGAGGCGCCAGAUGAAGAAGAUGACUUUCCAGAGUCUACCGGAGUGAAGAGAAUUGUCCAAGCCUUGAAUGCCAAUGUGUGGUCCAAUGUGGAGAUGAAAGCAGACACGAUGCACGGCUUUGGGAUCCUCAGCAGUUUAGCGGGGACACGUGAGCGUUGUGCAACAGAAACCGAGACACAGUGCCAGAGUAUUACUGAGCCCAACAACGAGGCCCUUUCAGAUGACAGUAAGCUGGAGGCAGCCAGAAACAACACUCCUCAGACAGACGGUGCCAUAGCAGAUCCAAUGUUGCAUUGGGAUAUCCAAGAGCUGGCCAACCUGACCACAGGCGAAGCAGACUGCGAGAAUUUUGAACGUUUGUUUGAGAAGUUGCAGGAAAUGAAAGAUAGAGCAGCGUCAUUACCUCACGAGCAAAGGAAACUGCACGCAGAGAAGGUUGCUAAGGCUUUCUGGAUGGCCAUUGGCGGAGACCGCGAGGAGAUCGAGGACUUGUCUGGUGAAGAGAGUGACUAAGAGCUCAGUCAUGAGUCUCUUUUUCCCUUUGCAAGCUUUGUUUUGUUUGCACCGUUCUGCUUCUGUUGUCUGUGUCUCUAGACAUUUUACUCCCAGGAUUGCCCGAGUCAGAGAUCGUAUUAGGCAGUGGAGAGGCAGGUCUAUGCUGAGUCAACUGAAUGAACAGAUAAACGUGGGUCCUCAUUGACAUCCUCCCCGUCUGAGCACUCAUGAUUUUUAGAUGACAAAUCUGAGCUAAUCUAUACUCCCUCGUAUAUCCUGAGCAUUAUAUAUAUAAACUGAUUGGAAAUUUAUAGUACAGAAGAAGGCCAUUUGGCCCAUCGUGUCUAAUAUCGUAAGCUUUUGGUGUAUCCAUUAUGUCUCUCCCUUCUUUCAAUAUGAUUGAUCUCUUCCAGAGAACUUUGCACUACUCUUGUUUAUCAUAUAGUUUCUACAUGUAUAUUCUUUGGAAGGUCUAUGAUGUAUAGGUGUGUAGUAGAGUAAAACAGUACCGCUCAAUAACGAAUGCAGGGAAAACAGUCUUUUCAAAUGAAUGCAUUUUGAGUUGCGUAGAAAACCUCCUAUUAACUCUCUGUGUAUGUAAUGGUCUGUGCCUGACCAUGCCUAUAAAGUACAAAAGGGUUUAUAACUGCUUGAAAAAAUGGACAUAUAACAACUGAGGAAUGUGGCAGGAUUGCAGGGUAAACCAAUGGGUAAUUAAUUGCAUGCAGGAAAGACGAUAAGUGUUAAUGUUCACCGGGGUAAUGGUCACAAAAAGAUUUUGUUAAUCUGCUGCGUGUAACUGUGAAUAUUGCUUUAACAUUGGUGCACCUCUGUGUAUUCCUGUGAGGGGGAAACUAGCAGUGCUGGAGGAUGUAGAAAGCUAUUUCACAUGGUGCAGUAAUCAUUUUCAAUGAAGUAAGAAACAUGAGCCUCUUCCGAACAAAAAACCUUUUUUCGUGAAUAAGUAAUUCAUUUUACAGACGCCUCUUAAAACAACUUGCACGCAAAUCAGUUAUAAUUUUACAAGACUCUGGUUAACUGGAAUGUGAUCUGAUUAAAGCUAAUCUUUAUCGUACGGUAUAAAAACAAUUCUAAAAAACA